AAGUGAGAGACGAUCGAAGAAGAUGAUAGGAUGGGAAGAUGUGUAUAAGGUGGUGGCGGCGAUGGUGCCACUGUAUGUUGCCCUUGUGUUAGGGUAUGGGUCAGUGAGGUGGUGGGGGAUCUUCACAAGGGAGCAGUGCGAAGCCAUAAACCGACUGGUGUGCUACUUUACGCUGCCACUGUUCACCUUCGAGUUCACAGCUCACAUUGAUCCCUUCCACAUGAAUCUCCCCUUCAUCGCCGCCGACACCAUCUCCAAGUUCAUCAUCGUCUCGGUGCUGGCCUUGUGGGCCAAGUGCUCUCCCAAGGGAAGUUACCCCUGGUCCAUCACCAGCUUCUCCUUGUGCACUUUAACCAACUCUCUGGUCGUGGGGGUGCCGCUCGUGAAGGCCAUGUAUGGCCCGUUGGGGGUCGACAUCGUCGUCCAGUCCUCAGUUGUGCAGGCCAUCGUAUGGCUCACUCUCCUCCUCUUUGUCUUGGAAUUUCGAAGAGCGGGAAUGACUACUUCUAAUAACGCAAACCCUUCUCAACAAAAGCCUAAAGAUUAUGUGACUGCUGUUGCAGUGGUAGUGGAUGAGGGGGUGGUGAGCAGCAGCAGGCCUCCCUUCUGGAAGUCCAUGAAGAUUGUGGGGCUGAAGCUCGCAGUCAACCCUAACACGUACGGUUGUGUCGUUGGCAUUUCCUGGGCCUUCAUAGCUAACAGGCAUGUGUGGAAGUUGCAAAUGCCAAGCAUCGUAGAGGGGUCUGUAUUAAUCAUGUCCAGGGCUGGCACAGGCACUGCCAUGUUUAGUAUGGGUAUUUUCAUGGCGCUUCAGGAGAAGUUUAUUGCUUGUGGAUCCAGUCUGACGGUAUUAGGUAUGGUUCUAAAGUUGGUAGCCGGACCUGCGGCUAUGGCUGUUGCUUCCAUCGUUGUGGGAUUGCAUGCUGACGUUUUACGAAUCGCUAUCAUUCAGGCAGCGUUGCCGCAGUCCAUAACGUCAUUCAUUUUUGCCAAAGAAUAUGGAUUGCAUCCGGAGGUUCUCAGCACAGCGGUGAUUUUCGGUAUGAUCGUCUCGCUCCCCGUGUUGAUAGCCUACUACGCAAUAUUGGAGUUUGUGCGUUAACAGUCUGAUCUGGGAUUUUUUAACCAGGGGCUUGGGCCUUGCUACGGAACCAGUAUUAUUUAAAUUUUCAAAUUUAUAAUAUUUAAAUUAAUUGCCUCAACAUUCAACAAGCAGCCUGUCGAGCUCAAGUAUUACGUGCCCUCAAGGCUCGUGUAAAUCUAGUAUUUUGUUAGUUGUAGUUUUGAUUUAUUUAUCGGUCAGCGGAAAGAAAUGUGAUUCUGCAGGGCCUUGCUAAGAACAACGUACGUAUUUUAAUACGAUCCCAUAUGGGUAGUAAGUGUAAAGCAUCACGUACCACAACAUUAAUCCAGCCAAGGCAUUAGUAAU